CUUCAAGGCUGUGAAAUCCAGCCGUGUCCCAAUCAACGGUCUCAAUAGCAUAUUUGAAAUGCACAGCCCGGACCCUGAGCAUCCACACCUUGUCAGACCAACUUUGGGAGACCCUGAGAUGCUUUCCAUUAUUGGCGCGUGGUGGAAACUUACGCCCAAAGCAUCUGACGCGCACCAAGUAUAAAGAUCCUGGGCUCCGGUUGCCCUCUUGAAAUGCAAUCCUUCGCACUAUGAGUUUCCCAGUAUCACCGCACUAUGGCUUCUUAUGCACCUUCAUUCCACUCCGAUGCGUCCACCGAGUUUGACCCUGGCUUGGUGGAUGCUAAGCUACCAAAUGAUGAUACUAUCAUCCGUCGCUACAAGAUCUCCAACACAGCAUGGCGGCAUCAUUACAACGUAAAACUUGGAGACGAUCAACAGCUCUACAGGGUUCGCGUGUCCGAGUUUCGACCAAAGAAGCCGGACCUCACUUUCCAUGCUGGGAUGGAUGACUCCGGUCCGGUCGUGGCAGUCGCCAAGUUCCAACAUUUCUCACGAGGUAUUCACAUUGGCUUAGGAGAUCCUCAAGCUCCGAGUGAGAUGGUGUGGGAGGAUCUUACCGGCCGAAGCAAAAGCCACAGCAAAUAUCGCUGGGAGAUGGAAGUCCAUACGGCCAGUGGGCCACGGAGGCAAUCUUUCCUGUGGAAACGGACACACCAUGUCGGCCUCGAGGGUCACACUUGGACUAGGCUCAGCAAUCGCAAUUACAAGCUAGUUGACGAACAGAGCGGCAACAUUCUGGCGAUGUUCAUGAGCAAUGUGGCUUCAUACAAAGAAAGUGGCAUGCUCCAGCUCUAUGUGGAUUAUGGCCAACAGUUCGAUCUCAUGGUCCUUGCGACAGUCCUUUCCUUGUAUGAGAAAGCGAGACGACGUCGACAGAACAGCACUACCACUGGAGCAUGAGUUGAGUGGAGGUGGAGGUGGUCGGCCCCCGUUGGAGGGUGAAAGGGGUCAUCUUAGGUUAUCUCUUUAAAAACACUGGUCUGAGAUUCUGGGAUCAUUUUCAAGCUUCUUCACAUUAGGGAAAUCGCCACCAUCUCAUUUUGGUAUGCAUGAACUUGUAGUAGAGAAACUGUAGCUCGUUGGGAAAUUGAUUGGACUGUUAACUGGUAAACUUGCGGUUGAUGACAUAAUGUGGUACAGAAUGGCUUCUCCAGCGGGGCUUGACAAGAAAUACUUUCCCG